AUGAGAUCUACAGAAGGAAACAAUGGGACAAAUAAACGAAAGAAAGGAGCACAAUGUAAUUGUAACAAACCAAAAUCAAGAAAAACAAAAAUAGAACAAAAUGAACAAAGGACAGAAAUUCAAGGUGAUUCGAAAAAACCGAAAUCAAGAAAGACUGCGACAAAACAAAAUGAACAAACGACAGAAUUUCAAGGUGAUUCGAAAAAACCGAAAUCAAGAAAGACUGCGACAAAACAAAAUCAACAAAUGACAGAAUUUCAAGGUGAUUCGAAAAAACCGAAAUCAAGAAAGACUGCGACAAAACAAAAUGAACAAACGACAGAAUUUCAAGGUGAUUCGAAAAAACCGAAAUCGAGAAAGACAGUGACAAAACAAACUGAACAAACGAAAGAAACACAAAGUGAUUCGAAAAAAACAAAAUCGAGAAAAACUAAUAUAAAAAAAAAUAAAAAAACGGAAGAAACACAAUGUGAUUCUCAAAUACCCAACUCGAGAAAUUUAAUUGAUGUCUAUUCAGAAAUAAAAACCAAUCCUGAGUUGAAAAGAUAUUGGCACAAACGGUUUCAACUUUUCAGUCGAUUUAACCAUGGAAUUCAACUUGACGAAGAAAGUUGGUACUCCGUCACUCCUGAAUCAAUUGCCAAGAAAACUGCAGAAAUAUGCAGAACUAACGUAAUAGUUGAUGGAUUUUGUGGUGCUGGAGGGAAUUCGAUACAGUUUGCCCUCACAUGUAAGAAAGUGAUCGCAGUCGAUAUCGAUCCAAAGAAAAUUGAACUUGCCAAGAACAAUGCAGCAAUAUAUGGUGUUUCGGAGAAAAUUAAAUUCAUUGUUGGUGACAUCAUUAAAUUAGCUCCAAUGCUAAAAGCAGAUGCGGUUUUUCUGAGUCCACCAUGGGGAGGUCCAUCUUAUUUAAAGGAAAGGGUUUAUGACUUGGAAAAAACGCUGAAGCCUGUACCAUUUUCGACAUUGAUAAAUGCCUGCAUGAAUAUUUCUCCCAAUAUUGCAGUUUAUCUCCCUAAAAAUGUCGAUACCUACGAUAUGGGACAAUACUUGGGACGACAUCUAAAUAUAGAAAUGGAAGAGAAUGUAUUGUGUGAUAAAAUUAAAGCAAAAACAUUUUAUUAUAAUGGACUUGCAGAAAAAUAUAAAAUGUAUAUAAAUAAAUGAAAGUAAUGCAAU